AUGUUAGUCAUUAAACAGGCUGGUUUUGCUGGUGAUGAUUUUCCGCUGGCAUCAUUCCCUCAUUUAGUCGGUCGGACUCGACACAUGUUUCCAACUUAUCAAACCUAUGUUGGAGAAGAAGUACUUGGCAAAAGGGGUUUUCUUGAAAUAUUUCCUUCCACAGAAAAUGGUCUUGUAAAAAACUGGGAUUCAAGGGAGAGAGUUUGGCACCAUACAUUCUAUGACAAGCUCCAUGUUGAUCCUAGAGACCACCCUGUUCUUCUCACAGAACCACCUCUAAACCCAAAGGCAAAUCGACAGAAACUAACCGAAAUUAUGUUUGAGACCUUCAAUGUACCUGCAAUGUAUCUGGCUAAUCCAGCCAUUCUUUCUUUAUAUUUUAGAAGUCGUGCUACUGGUAUUUCUCAUGUAGGCGAGGAGGUUAGCUACAUUGUUCCAAUUUAUGAAGGUCAUGCACUUCCACAUGCCAUUUCGAAAUUGAAUCUUGGAGGUCGUGAUCUCACAACAAACCUUUGGAGUCAGCAUUGGUAUAACUGUUCGGAAAGAGAAAUUUUGCGAGAAAUAAAGGACAAGCUUGGAUAUGUAGCACUAGAUUUUUCACAAGAAAUGGAGACCUCAAUAACCAAUCCCACUUUAUUUCAUGAGAAAUACGAGUGUCCUGGUGGUGAAGUGCUUCUAGUUGGCUCAGAAAGGUUUCAAUGUUCAGAGAUCCUAUUUCAGCCAUCCAUUAUUGGCUUGGAAGAUGAUGAAAUUCAUAAGCUAACUAAUAGAUCUAUAAGGAAGUGUGAUGUGCACAUUCAAAAAAUUCUUAGCAACAACAUUGUACUUAGUGGUGGAUCGACCUUGCUCCGUGGUUUUGCAGAUCGCUUGAGUAAGGAAAUUACAGGCCGUGUUCCCAUCAUAAAAAACAUCAAUGUCCACGCAUUACCUGGAAGAGAGUAUGGUCCUUGGAUUGGAGGCUCAAAAUUAGCAACUCUCUACACAUUUAAACGGAUGUGGAUCAGAGCGGAUGAAUAUGAUGAAUAUGGCCCAAGCAUCGUACAGAAGAAAUGUGAGUUGAUUUUUGACCCUGAGGUAGAGAAAGCCACACGGAGAACACGGAAAGAGACCAGACAACUCAGAGAAGAGCAUUCCACUGCUGCAUGUCAGAGACCUAAGCCAGAAGUUGAACCAACAGAUUCGUUUGGUGACACUUCAAGUGAAGAGUCUUAUAAGUACUUGCAAGAGUUUGAUGUAGUUUGCAAUAGCAUGAAACCCCCGAGGAUUACAGAAGAACAGAUUAAAAUGAGAGCAUUCCCCUUCUCCUUGAAGGAUUCCGCGAAAGACUGUCUAAGGAAGGAGAUAUGCGACAUUAAACAGCAUCCAUGGAAAUCGCUCUAUGAUUACUGGGAGCGAUUCAAGAAAUUGUGCAUCAAGUGCCCUCAGUACCAAAUAAGUGAGCAAUUGCUCAUACAAUAUUUUUACGAGGGGCUACUCUUCAGAGACAAGAGUAUAAUUGAUGCCGCAAGUGGAGGGACAUUGGUAAACAAGACUCCUCGAGAAGCGUGGGAGCUAAUUGAAGGUAUGACCGAGAAUUCUCAGCAGUUUGGUACGAGGGAGAAUAUCCUAACACGCAGGGUGAAUGAGCUAGAGACAUCUUCUAUCCUACAGCAGUUGACUGAGUUAACAUCUUUUGUUAGGCAACUGGCUGUAGGAAAUGCAUCACAGGCUAAGGUGUGUGGGAUUUGCACUGCUAUGGGUCAUUUUACAGAGAUAUGUCCGCUGAUUCAAGAAAAAAGUGCGCAGCAAGUGAACAUGGUUGGUCACGCGCCCGCGCCAAGACAGCCAUACGACCUAUACUCGAGUACAUACAAUCCGGGUUGGAAAGAUCAUCCUAACUUCAGCUAUGGAGGAAAUAGGCAGUCGAAUUUUGCACCAAAUAGGCAGCAAUGGUACCAACAACAGUACCAACCUUGCCCGCCACCACCCCAUUCAAACUCAAGUCCGUCUAUAGAAGAGAUGAUGAAACAAUUAAUUGCUAAUCAACAAAAGACGGAUUCUGACCUAUAA